GCGGGGACGGGAUCUACCAAUCACGAGCUGUGGAUACGGCCCCGCCUUCUCCUGGUGAAGAUGUCGCUCGAUGGCGUUGUGCGGUUUCUAACUACCUUUCACCGGGGCUGCCUGUGCCGGUAUUUGGCGCCGCUCCUCGCUCUUAUCACCCUGGGCGGCUCGCUGGUAAAAGCCAGCCAACCCCUGGCCGAGUCCUACUUCUCUAACCGGCGCAAUGUCCUCAAUGUGUACUUUGUAAAGUUUUCAUGGGGUUGGACCGUGGGCCUGCUGCUUCCUUUCAUUUUCACUUCAAAUUACUUUCUUCAAAGGGAUGUUCUGUUUGCAGUACGUCGUGUAACUUCAUGUGUGGUAGGAACUGGUAUUUGGUUUCUUAGCACAAGGACCUUUCACAUUAUUGAAAAUUUCACAGGUGAAUGCUACGAAUCCCAAAAUAUGACCGUUCUCCAUCAAUUUGACAACCUAUACACUUGCAAGAAAAAUGGCCACUUGUGGCUUGGCUUUGACAUCUCUGGACACUCCUUCUUAUUGUCGUACUGUGUACUGAUUAUGACAGAAGAAAUAGCUGUCAUGAAUGAACUUCAGAAAGUGGAGCAGAAGCCAGGAAAAUCCAUAGCAACAAUCAUUAAAUCACUGUUUAUUGCUUUAAAUGCCUUGCUUUUCUUAUGGAUUUGGAUGUUUUUUUGUACUGCAUUGUAUUUUCAUGAUAUGCCUCAUAAAAUAAUUGGAACUGCUUUUGGAAUUUCUGCCUGGUAUGGAACAUAUAGAUUUUGGUAUAAGAAACCUUUUUCUCCUGGACUGCCACCUGAAAUUGGGAACAAAAAGGAGUAGUAUUCUGAAAUAUUCAAGUACAACAAGUAUUGGUGUAACAUUUACCUUUCAUGUAUACAAGUUCUAGGCAUAAUGAUAAUGAUUUGUAUUUCAAUUUCUGUGUCAGUCUAAACCAAUGGAAGCAGCUUUAUUUUAAACGAGGAACAGUUAUUUGCUGCUUGCACUGCCUCAGUAUAUCUGUGUACAUAUAGCCACAUAGCAGCCUAGGUGUAAUUGCAGAAUAAUAAGUGAUGCCAUACAGAUCUUUAUUAUAGAAGACACUGGCCAUUAUUGCUGUUCUCUUUUUUUUUUUUGAUUGUUCAGCCACAAAAUGUAACAAUAUUAGCAAUUUUUUAAACAUUCAUUUCCACUAUUUUUGUUUAAAAUCAAAUAAUUAAGUGUGUGGCGACUCUUCUAUCCAUUUGUCUUAAUUUACAUAUUUCUCAGAUCUAAUUUUUAGUCCAUUCUUCAUUAUUUCUGUUGCAGAAUCUUUGGUGCAAUGUACAUUUAUCCUUUAUUUCAUCUUUUGAAUCUGUUCUGUGAUUUUUAAAGCAAUUAUGUAAGCAAUGCCUGUAAUCAGUAAUUCUAUCAAGAAACUUAUUUCUCCUUUGCUUUUUUGGAUGUUUUUUCAAAACAUUUGUAUACAAAUACGUAUAGAAAUAGCCACCAGCAGUACUUGAUAUAAUAAAAGGCGUAUUGGAUUUAGUUAUAAUUGCUGUUACUUAGUAUAAGUACAUAGGCGUGCUAAACUUAUCUUUCAACAAAAGUGUAACCAUUUAGCUAGUCUAACUUGUUAAAACAAAAAUAAGUCAAACAAAUUGAUUGAACAUGCUUAUUGGUCAGUUAAUUUGUUACUGCACCUUUCAGUAUUCUUUUUAUAUAAAUUGCAGCUUUAUAUUUCUAAGCCCUCACUAAGUUAUGAAAUAGUAUAAUCAAAGUUGAGUGAUAUUUGUUUGAUUGUAUCUGCUUUUGUUCUUGAACUAUUAUGUUUACUUCCCAAGAAUUAACUGAAAUUAUUUCUCAUGUGCACCUGGUUUGUUGCUUAAACUGUUAACUUUAUCAUGCCUAAAAUAUUUUGCCUUCAAAGCACAGUGAUUGCUUGUGAAGGGCAUUGCUGACAACUUUUGUAUACCAAUAUUUAUAGGGCCUGAUAGAUUUAAGAAUUUUCUAUCUAAUGUGUUGAAGUCAAGUUGUUUUUGAUAUACUUAGUGUGAUAUGAUGCAACUGAAGAUUUCCUUAAGCUGUAGAGAGAAAAUUGCUUGGAUAGUAGUGUACAUUUCAUUCUGUAUGUAUUGUAUUUUUGAGAGAUGGACAUGGAAAAAAUCAGGAACUGUGUGUAAAAAUGUUAUAAAGUGAAACUAUAGCGUGUGUUUUCCUUUUAACUAGCUUUUAUUCCUAUAGGAAGAAUUUACAUUAAAAGUGUUUCUGAUGUACAUUGUAUGCCUUGUAAUGAAAUGUUUUGAAAUGUAAGCAGGUGCUGUUAACCAAUGUGUGUAGAAUUACGAGUUGUUAUUGGAUGCAUACAUGCUCUGAAAUAAUCCAUUUGUAAUUAAUGUCUAAUUUAUUAAAGAAAAACAAUGUUUGUGAAUUGGAUGGAGCACAGUAGGUAUAAUGGUUUGGAAAUUUGUCACUGCAUACCUAAUUUAGUUUCUUUGCAUAAGUAAUAUUUUUUAAAAAUGCUUCUCGUGCAAGUGAGAUUGACUUUGGAAUGUAAUAAUGCACUGUGCUAUUUAGAUUUCUCCCAGAAUUUAGAGAAAUUAUUUGACCUGCCUGCCUCAAUUUGAAAUACUGUGCAAAGGAAUAAGGCAUGUUAUAUGUUCAGAAUUCAUUAUCUAUGUACUUUCAUUAAAUAUUUAACAUUUUUAACUAUUA